GGAAAUAAUGGCAGUAACCCGACUAUUAUCUCUACAGAGCUUAACAAGCAGUCCACUUCAAACGCUAAUAUCUUGCCAGAACUCCACGUUCAAUCCCAGCCCGUGAUUCAAGAAUCCGACCUACCCACUCAAAUUGUUUCCAGAAGUAUUGUAAAUAAUCUCGACGGACUAAUUGUUCCUUUUAAUCUUGAUAUAACCUUGUUUCCCGAAGUAAACAAAUUCUUAGAAAAAAAUCCUUCCCUUAUUGAUGCUGCAAACAUAAUGUUAAAACCAUCUAUAGCGGCAAGCACCGUCUCAGCCUAUAAACCUGUUAUUGAAAAUUAUAAACUGUUCUGUCUUGACAACAGUUAUAAUCUGUCUGACCUAACUGAACAACAAAUACUCGAGUUUAUUGGAGUGUCAUUCUCGCAAAAACCCCUUCUUUCUUACUUCAAUCUACUUUUACCGAGUAUUUCUUGCUCAGAAAAACUAGUGAAAGACUCGUCAUUAAAUUCUUGUAUAACUCCUAAAAUCAAGUCAAUCAUGCAGAGUUUUAAAAGGAAAUUGAGCGAGUCUAAAAAGCCUACAAAGAAAGGAACUCUUUAUAAAAUAGAUAAUUUCAAGCCCAUCAUUGAUAAAGAAAUUUUACCCUUCCAGCAUAACCCAGAAAGAAUAAAUUCGUGUCACUUCAGAUCGGUUUUCAGAGCUAUAAUUCUCUACUUUACUUUUUGCCGCUUCAGCGAUUUUAAAGACUUGUGUGACCAAGAUUUUAUUGAUCAUGAAGACUUUAUAGAAAUAGUAUUCAAAAAAUCAAAAAAUGAUCAGUAUUAUAAAGGGUCCAAUUCAAUUUUGACAGUGAAUGAAAAUUCUAGUAUAUGUCCUGUUUUUCUUACAAAAUUAUAUUUCAAGAAAUUUGGAUUAAAUUUUUUCCAAGCUGGAUUUGAAAGAAACUAUGUUAACUUUAGAAUCGUUAAUAAAAACAGCUCCCGGAGAAUUCCAAAGACAAAAUUAUCAAAUUCAAAUGCAACAAAAAAUACCAAAAAACUGCUUAAUUCAUACAAUGUAAAUGCACAAAAAUUCACUGAAAAAUCCAUGAAAAUAGCCGGAGUUACUGCCUUAUUAGACUCUGGAGAGUCUUUGGAAAAUGUUGCAAUUGCAGGACGUUGGAAAUCGAGUCUAACUCCAAUGCAUUAUAGGAAUACAAGUUAUAAUUUUCGCAAGCAAAUCUCAAAAAAUAUUCCCCAUACAAAUGUUUCAUGAAAAAUUUUAAUUUAUCAUUCCAAAUUUUGGUUUCUUAUUUUUUCGU